UUCUUAGGUGUUUUGGGUCACACUGACCAUCAAAUCACCAUGAAGAUUGAAGUUGUGGCUGUGUUGCUGUUGGUCGUUACCAUCAGUUCUUACGCAGAAGAUGCCUCCAAUAAUGAAAACAAUGAGAAGAAAGGGCAGUGCCCAAUGGAUUACAUAAGGAGCCACCCAGAAACCAUGGAAAAGGUUAAACAGCAUUUCAUGAAACAUGGUCACAAAUGUGAAUCUGGGGAAGGUGGAGAAGGAUGCUCUAAGAAAGGCAACCACGGAGAAAAAGGGCAACAUGGACAUAAAGGGAACCACGGAGAAAAAGGGAAACAUGGACAUAAAGGGAACCACGGAGAAAAAGGGAAACAUGAUUGGAAUGGACAUUCAAGGCGCUUUCCCAACUUCACCAGUCUGCAAACCUGUGCCACCGAUGGAGAAUGUACCAAUAAAACAAUAUGCUGUGAAACACCGUGUGGAAUGAAGUGUGUGGGCGCUGUAUCCUCUGAUAAAGACCUGGAGUGGCUUCCUCAACAUGAGGAAGAAUCCAAACGAGAUAAACGUGAAGCUGAGAAAGCAAAUGAAGAUGUAAAGGCAGAGGAAGGACAAGUAAAUGGGGAGGGGAAUGUACAAGGCAAAGAGAAAGAGGUAGAUCCUGAGUCUAAGAAAGAUGAAGGCCAGAAGGAAGGAGAAGAGCAUGGCAAAAGCCAUGGGAAAGGGAAAAAACAUAAAAAGGGAAGAAAACACAAGAAAGGAAAAGGAGAGGGUGAAGAGAAUGGGAAUGAAGAACAAGGAGAAGGAGAAGGAAAGAAACAUAGAAAGGGUAAAAAACACAAGAAAGGACACGGGGAAGAGGAAGAGAAUGGAGAGCAAGGAAAAGGAGAGGGGAAGAGACAUGGGAAGGGUAAAAAACACAAGAAAGGACAUGGGGAAGAGGAAGAGAAUGGAGAGCAAGGAAAAGGAGAGGGGAAGAGACAUGGGAAGGGUAAAAAACACAAGAAAGGACAUGGGGAAGAGGAAGAGAAUGGAGAGCAAGGAAAAGGAGAGGGGAAGAGACAUGGGAAGGGUAAAAAACACAAGAAAGGACAUGGGAAAAGUGAUGGGAAUGGAGAGCAGGGAGAAGGAGAAGGGAAAAAACUUGAGACGGGUAAAAAACACAAAAGAGGCCUUGGGAAAGAGAAAGAGAAUGGGAAUGGAGAGCAGGGAGUAGGAGAAGGGAAGAGACAUGGGAAGGGUAACAAGCACAAGAAAGGACAUGGGGAAGAGGAAGAGAAUGGGAAUGGACAGCAGGGGGUAGGAGAAGGGAAGAGACAUGGGAAGGUUAAAAAACAUAAGAAAGGACCCGGGGAAGAGGAAGAAAAUGGAGAGCAAGGAAAAGGUGAGGGGAACAGACAUGGGAAAGGUAAAAAACACAAGAAAGAACAUGGGAAACGUGAUGAGAAUGGAGGGCAGGGAGUAGGAGAAGGAAAGAAACUUGAGAAGGGUAAAAAACAUAAAAGAAGCCUUGGGGAAGAGAAAGAGAAUGGGAAUGGAGAGCAAGGAGAAGGGAAGAAAAAUGGGAAUGGGAUAGAACAUGGGAAGGGACAUGGAAAAGGAGCAGAGCAUGGGAAGGGACAUGGAAAAGGAGCAGAGCAUGGGAAGGGACAUGGAAAAGGAGAAGAGCAUGGGAAGGGACAUGGAAAAGGAGCAGAGCAUGGGAAGGGACAUGGAAAAGGAGCAGAGCAUGGGAAGGGACAUGGAAAAGGAGCAGAGCAUGGGAAGGGACAUGGAAAAGGAGAAGAGCAUGGGAAGGGACAUGGAAAAGGAGCAGAGCAUGGGAAGGGACAGCAGAAAUAGCCAGUAAAGAUAGAAGCUAGUGCAAGUCCUACUGAAGCCAAAAAAGAUCAUAUGUAAGAGAUCAACGUAAGCAUCACUAAGGAAACAAACCACAAGGAAACCAGAACACAAA